AUGAGCAACAACAGUUUAAACGAAAAUGAGAAUGCUGGUGCAAUAGCACAUUAUUCAAGAAGUUAGGUUAAAUUAUUAAAUGAAAUCGUUCUUAGGAGUUUAAGAUAACUUAUAGAACUGAAGAAGCAUUAUUAGAAAUUAAUAAUGCCUUAAAUCUUUGUCCUCAGUUUGCAGAAGCCUAUACUUUAAGAAGUUCAAUCUUUAAAUAUCUAUUUAGGUGGAUUAUAUGAGCAGUUGAAGUUAUACGAUAAGGCGUUGGAAGAUAUAAAUUAUAGCAUAUUUAUCAAUAACAAUAAUGCUGAAAGUUAUUAUUAACGGGGUAUUAAUUAGAUCUGAUAAUUUAAGCAACUAUUUAUAGGAGAAAAAAAAAUUUUGAUCUAGCAUUAUAAGAUUGUUAGAGGUGUGUUUUGAUUAAUCCAAACUUUGCCAUUGGAUAUUCUAGAAUGGGUAAUGAGAUAAACAUAAAUGUUUAGGUACUAUAAUGGGAGAUUUGAAAUAAAAGAAUAGUGAACUCUCAUAUUACAAUUAAGCUAUAGAUAAAGAUGAAAACUGCUAUUAUGCAUUUAUGUGUAGAGGUAAUUUAAAUUUAUAUUUCUAGGUUUGUAUUAUUUUGAUGAACAAAUGUUUAAUGAUGCACUUAGAAAUUUCAAUUAAGCUAUAAAAAUAAAUCCAAAAUAUGCUUUAGCCUAUUAUAACAGAGGUAAGUACUUUUACACUUAAUAUAUUAGCCAUAUUAUAUAAUGAUAUUGGAGAAAAAGAUAAAGCAUUAAGUGACUAUAAUCAAGCAAUCCAACUUGAUCCUAAAUAUGUUAAUGCCUAUAAUAACAGAGGUAAAUACUUUUACACUCAAUUUAAUAGGCAAUUUAUAUGAUGAUAUUGGUGAAAAAGAUAAAGCAUUAAGUGACUAUAGUCAAGCAAUCCAACUUGAUCCUAAUUGUGCAAUGACCUAUAAUAACAGAGGUAAAUACUUUUACACUUAAUAUAUUAGCCAUAUUAUAUAAAUNUAAAUCUUUGUCCUCAAUUUGCUGAAGCCUACACUUUAAGAAGUUAAAUGUUUUAAAUAUCAAUUUAGGUGAAUUAUAUGAAAAAAUGAAAUUAUAUGACAAAGCAUUGGAAGAUGUAAAUUAGAGCUUAUCCAUAAACAAUAAUAAUGCUGAAAGUUAUUAUUAAAGAGGUAUUAUUUUAGAUCUUAUAAUUUAAGGAACAAUUUAUUGGAGAAAAUAAUUAUUUGAUCUCGCAUUAUAAGAUUGUAUGAAGUGUGUUUAGAUUAAUCCAAACUUUGCAAUGGGUUAUAGUAGAAUGGGUAGUAAAUAAACUUAAAUUUUAGGCACUAUUAUGAGCGAUUUGAAAUAAAAGGAUAAUGAACUUUAAUAUUACAAUUAAGCUAUAGAAAAAGAUGAGAACUGUUAUUAUGCAUUUAUUUGUAGAGGUAUUAGAAAAUUUAUAUUUUAAGGUUAGUAUUAUUAUGAUGAACAAAUGAUUGAUUUAGCUCUUAUGGAUUUCAAUUAAGCAAUCCAAAUCAAUCCUAACUAUAGUUUGGCCUAUUAUAACAGAGGUGAAUACUAUUACACUUAAAAUAUUAGGCAUUUUAUAUAAAGAUAUUGGUGA